AUGCUAUCCGCCUUUAUAGCUCGGCCUAUAGUCGAGCUCAAGGCACGAGAUAAGUCGAAAAUCGAAUCCAUACUCGCAUAUGGCGAUAGGUUAAUAGCUGGACUAAGUACUGGCAGCCUUCGAAUAUAUCGGGUGAACGAGCCUACAGUCGACGUCCAAAACCACAAUAGAGAGGGGCCCAGUUCGGGGGAGCCUACGGCGCCCUCGACCGCAAAACCGGUAGACCUCCUUCGUGAGCUCGAGAAAUUCUCACCAAGGGCAAUUGAGCAGCUGUCAAGAAUUAAAGAGGCCAACAUACUUAUUUCCCUUUCGAACUACGUCGUCUCCAUCCACGACCUGAAUACCUACGAGCUUCAGGAGCAACUACCGAAGACUAAAAAUGCCACAACCUUCGCGAUCACGUCAAAUAUUGUGAAGGAUACCACCACCGGAAUACCUGAGAUCAUAUCUAGACUAGGUGUUGCUGUCAAACGGCGACUCCUCGUGUGGUCAUGGCACGAAUCGGAGCUGUCCCCAGACAUUGUCGAGAUCACUCUUGCUGCCGCUAUUCGUACACUGAGUUGGGCAUCUGCGACAAAAAUAAUAUGUGGUAUGAACACUGGAUACGUGAUUGUUGAUAUCCUUAGCCAGAAAAUUGAGGACAUUGUAGGACCGGGAGCUAUCGGAGGCCCUGGGGCUUCUGAUGUUGGCCGAUUUGGGGGUGUUGGGUCAACCAGUAUGGGAUACAUGGGCCUCGGCGGAUACACGCCCAAGCCUCUCAUCACUCGUCUUAGAGAUGGUGAAAUAUUGUUGGCCAAGGAUAUCAACUCCUUAUUUACAGAUACAUCCGGAAAGCCACUUGAAAAAAGGCAAAUCCCAUGGCAGCAAGCGCCAGAGUCAAUAGGAUAUUCAUAUCCAUAUUUGCUGUCGCUACAGCCGGCAUUAAAGGGGGUCCUUGAAAUACGAAACCCGGAGACCCUAUCGGUCCUCCAGCAAGUGAGUUUGCCGAGCGCGAGUAUAUUACACUUUCCUCCUCCAACAGUAAGCCUCUCACAUGCUGGCAAAGGGUUCCAUGUGGCUAGUGAACGAUGCAUCUGGAGAAUGGAAGCUACGGAUUACGAUUCUCAGAUCACUGAGUUGGUUGACGGCGGCCAAUAUGAUGAAGCGAUUACAAUCCUGGACACUCUGGAGGAUGCUCUCCUGCAAGAUAAAGAGGGCCGUUUAAGAGAGAUAAAAAUGCAGAAGGCGCAGCUCUUAUUCGACCAACGAAAAUAUCGUGCUGCUCUUGGACUCUUCACAGAAGUAUCUGCGCCCCCAGAAAGAGUCAUUCGGCUGUACCCCAAAGUCAUCGCCGGGAACCUGUCCACUAUUCCUGAUCCCGAGGAGCCUGAAGACGAGGGUGACCACGAUGAGGAUGGGAGAGGGCAAGACGACCAAGCAGCAGAUCUAUCAACCGUGGGAUCACCCAUGAAAGGCUUCGUUAAUAGUUUUAUGAAACAGCACAAAAAAACUCUCUCCGACGCCGCAUCAAUAACGUCCCUUAAGCCUGGCCAAAAGGGCGACUCUGACGGUAGCGAAACUGCAAGCGUUAAAACCAAGCAAGCAGAAGAUGGCCGGCUGGAAGGGAAGGAUUUGGUGUCUGCUGUCCGUGAGCUCAACGCGUUCCUGGUCGACACCCGAACCCGUCUACAACGAUUUAUUGAACCAGGGGGCGGGGGAUUGAAAAUCCAUCCAGCCAGUGCCCAAAAUGGGACCUCCAAGGCGGCUUUCGAGUCUCUACUUGUGUCUCCUUAUUCAUCAGAAGACACCGAGAUCGAGCAGAAACUGAUUGAGACUGCCAAGCUUGUGGAUACAACACUUUUCAGAGCAUAUAUGCUCGUCCAGCCUUCUCUCGCUGGAUCACUAUUCCGUCUGCCCAACUUUUGUGAACCGGAUGUGGUUAACGAGAAAUUACUUGAAAAUAACCGCUACAACGACCUUGUGGACUUCUUCCACGGAAAAAAACUACACCGAGAGGCUCUAGAACUUCUAAAGAGGUUCGGGGAGGCCGAAACAUCAGAAGAACCAGGCCCCACUCUCCAAGGGCCUCAAAGGACCGUUGGGUACCUCCAGAAUUUGCAGCCUGAUACAAUUGAUCUCAUCCUUGAGUUUGCCGAAUGGCCGCUACGAACUGACCCGGAUCUCGGAAUGGAGGUCUUUCUUGCGGAUACGGAGAAUGCGGAGACCUUGCCGCGAGAUAAAGUCGUGGAUUUCCUGGAAGGCAUUGAUGCCAGCCUCGUUGUAAAGUAUCUGGAGCAUGUGAUCAAUGAACUCAAUGACCUCACACCAAGCUUUCACAACCGACUCUCCAAUGCGUACAUACAGGGGUUAUCAAGUCGAAAGGACAGAGAUUCUGAGACCUGGAAGACCCUAAUGCAGCAGUGUCUUGCCUUCUUACGUUUGAGUAAACAGUACUCUCCCUUGAAGGCAUUUGGAUCCAUACCCCGCGAUGACCCUGACUUCUACGAGGCCCAAGCUGUGGUUCUCAGCAGCAUGGAGCAGCACAAACAAGCUUUGGAGAUCUACGUAUUUAAAAUAAAAGAUUUCGAGAAGGCCGAAAAUUACUGCAAUUCUGUUUAUCUCCAGUCUCAAUCUUCCGACUCAUCUACCAAUCGUCUUGAAUCGACCUCAAAUUCCACCGACUCCUCGCCAUCAAUAUACCAUACGCUCCUGUCACUGUACCUCACACCUCCACCACCCCAAGAGCCAAAUUGGGUGCCAGCGCUUGAUCUCCUUUCUAAGCAUGGCUCGAGGCUUCCCGCAUCAAACACAUUAACAUUAAUCCCCGCCAACCUUCUAGUUAAAGAUUUGGAAAGCUAUUUCUGCGGUAGGAUACGUGCUGCGAAUUCGGUUGUAAACGAGGCACGAGUUGUCACUGGCUUGAGGAAAUCCGAGGUGGUCAGGGCUCAAGCAGGUCUUCUUCUAGGAGAAGACGAGGGGAGUGAUGGAAGAGCAGACUCGACUGGUUCCUUCAACGCAGUCGGAGCUGGCAGUGGUAGAAACCGUCACGUUGUUGUUGGUGAAGAACGGGUGUGCGGCGUGUGUCACAAGCGCCUGGGUCGCAGUGUUGUCUCCGUGCUGCCAGACAAUACAGUUGUGCAUUAUGCUUGCUCGAAGCGUGCGGUGCAACGGGGUGUGAACCUUGACGGCGGGUUGGGUGCUUUGAAGAGGAAUGGAGGAAGUGCCAGGCGCGGCCUCAAUAGAACAGUUUCAUGA